GGAAAACUGCACAAUCUGAAAAGGCUCCCUAGCGCGCGGAUCUUUCGACGGCUGCACAAUUCAUUUGGACGGUCGGAAAGGGUGAGUAGUGCCUAGUGCUUAUGUGUCAUCAUUGCGCUAUACAAAUUACCAUUAAUUUAAUAAACCGUCUUAAAAAAUGUCUAAAUGUCUCAUCAUACAUCAUCAUAGUUUUCAUUUUGGGUUAUAGCAGUUCACACGUUUCGUGGUGAUGUCGGUCUGUCAGAGUGUUGUGGGCUACAGUCAGUUUGUCUGUAACAUUUGCCUCGUCUAUUUAGUCUAGCUGAAUACACACAGGAAAUGUAUGCAACUGACAUUUGGGUUAGAAAUUUUGAAAAAGCACUGUCUGUCGUUGUACUGCCUCGGGUCUCUCUCUCGCUCUCUCGCUCUCCGCAAGAUGUGCGUGUGGCAGGCUCUGAGAAUGUUAUCUUUAUGAAUAUUUCCUUCCCAUGACAUGUCUUGGUAAUUAGAAUCAUUUGCGUGUCGCAUUUGCCACUGGCGAGCGUUGUUCAUUGCGGUGCUAUAGGCGCACUGACUGAAGUGAGUGGUAUGCCUGUUACUUUGGGAACCUGAGGGGAAGAUGGUGGUAUAUGAUGUGUGCUGCAGUAGCCUAGUUGUUGUGUAUCUGGGUCCAUGUGCAUGUUUAAAAUUGUGUGUGUGUGUCGAGUUUUUGAUGGGUGUGUGACAGGAGGAAAGAGAACUAGAGGAGGAGGAGAAGGAGAGAUAGAGAGGAGGAGGAGAAGGAGAGAGAGAGGAAGAGGAGAAGGAGAGAUAGAGAGCGAACGAGUGGUAAAAAAGUGUGGCUCUGGGUGUCCAAUUUAAAUGCUUGGAUGGGUUAUCCCUGUCUCUUUCAGUCAGUCUUAAUAGCCUUCAAUGCCUCAGCAUAUAAUGCUAAAGAAAACAGACAUGGCUGUCCAUAGAUCAUGGAUGUAUUUGUGAAUGGUGGUUAGUGCCUGUAACUGUAGGUAUAGUUGGCCAUGUACAGGCAUGUGACACUCCUAAGUGUGUGUAGGCUCAAUCUGAGAGCUUGGAUUCUCCUAACAUUAUUUGGGCCAAGGUCCCCAGACAUGUCUCCCCCCCCCUCUCUUUCCCCUCUCUCUCUCUCUCUCUCUCUCUCUCUCUCUCUCUCUCUCUCUCUCUCUCUCUUCUCUCUCAUCCCUCUCUCUCCCAUCCCUCUCUCUCUUUCCAUCCCCAUCUCUCCCAACCCUCUCUCCCAUCUCUCUCUCUCUCUCUCUCUCUCUCUCUCUCUCUCUCUCUCUCUCUCUCUCUCCCCCCAUACAGUUUAUCUUCCCUUAUUGAGCACAUUUGAUGUUCGUUAUCUCUGUCAUUCAUGCAUUUUAAUGCACUGCACUCUGUACAUGCAUACAAUGUACUGCACUCUGUACAUUACUGUGCUGUUCACGUACUUUCUCCUGUGCGUGGUUCUUCUCAUUCAAGAAGCCGAUGUCAGACCACCUACUUUCCCAUCCCUGCUUUAAAUACUGCAUUCUUCAUGCCAGUUGGCCGAGCCUGCUGACUGUGGAACAUAUUGCCGCCUCAACAGAAAACAACACCCCUCCUGAGCCUUCAUUGGACGCUUAUCUGGGAAUACCAUCUGUGGGGCUGGUCCCGGUGCCUUGGGAGUUGUAGAUCCUGUACCACUCAGCAGUUGUCUUGGUCCACUUGACCCAUGAUUGCUCCAAAUUGCCUCAUCCAUCCAUCCUUUAUUUCCCUUCCACUUUCCAUCAUACUGUACUACGACGUUUAAUGCAAUGCUGUUCUAGGGAGACAAUGCACAAUGAAGCACUGUGCCUCUGCAUAGUAUACCAAGUAUUUCUUCCGAUUUGAUUCUUUAAUCUGCAGAAGCCUGAAUGCACAUAUUAAACAUUUAGCUGUGUGUCCUUGAAAGUCGCUGGAUCUGCUACAUUUCAUUGAGAGAACCCUAGUCCCAUUUGACUGUACCUAAGAUGUAUGUCAUAACACCUCUAUUUCAUGGUCGAAACACACUCAUUAGAAUUACAUGACACCAGUCAUAACACAUUAUGACAUUUCAUGUCAAGUUAUACCAUUAACAUAAUAAUAAUAAUAAUAUGCCAUUUAGCAGACGCUUUUAUCCAAAGCGACUUACAGUCAUGUGUGCAUAAAUUUUUACGUAUUGUGGUCCCGGGGAUCGAACCCACUACCCUGGCGUUACAAGCGCCAUGCUCUACCAAUUGAGGUACAACAUGACACUUGGAACAUUUUCAACACCAAUGUUUUCAUGCAUGCUGACAUUGGAUUCACUACUAAUGACAUGUUAAGAUAAUGGAUAAUGCUAUUUACAUUGACAUUUUUAGUCAUUUAGCAGACGCUUUAUGUAUUCUUACCACAACCCUAUAUGCUGAGUGCUACAGUGCACCAUACCCCAAGUAAAGUGCCUAUUCCCUGAAUGGCGCCAUUCCUCACUGGUGGAAGGUCUUAAGUAAUCAAACUUAUGAAUAUUAUUACACACUUAUUAACACCUGUAUAUUAAUGACCCCAAAUGACUGCCUUAAUGAAUAAACCUAGCUAAUUAAUUAAGUGUGAACUUUGCUAUUUAAGCUACAAAAAGGAGCUGACCCAGUACAGUAUCGUUCCUGGACGCAUACAUGAGACUAUAGGCUAGAAGUGCCCUUGGUUUUACACUAUCUAGUUUUCUGGUAUUUCAGCACCUCACUAGUGGACAGCUCCACACUCUAACCAUGACCUCAAACAUAUUCCCCAUAGGCCACACUCUCUCUCUCUCUCUCUCUCUCUCUCUCUCUCUCUCUCUCUCUCUCUCUCUCUCUCUCUAUCUCUCUCUCUCUCUCUCUCUCUCUCUCUCUCUCUCUCUCUCGCUCUCUCUCGCACUCUCUCCAAACUCUUAGUUUCACGCUAUCCAUUAUUCUGUUAUUUCAGCACCAUACUAGUGGACAGAUCCACACUCUCACUGACCUCAAACAUUAUUCCCUUGAAGCUUCUCUCUCUCUCUCUCUCUCUCUCUCCAAACUCUCCCUCUACUGAUCCCUUCUUUUAUUUAUCCCUUCCUCCAUGGAUUCCCUCCCUCCUUCAUGCUAUAACAUAAAGCACCAUUCACUAUUCAUCCCCCCAUUCAUGUGGCAUUCAUUACAUUUGCUCCCGGACACCUAAGCUCUCCCAGUCCCAAGAUAAAGUGGUGGAGCCUAGAGCUGGGACGAUAAACAAAAAAUGAUCGACACCGACCAUACCGAUCACUUAUCACAGGAAUAUUUUGCUGAUAUUGUUCAUUAUGAUAUGUAGCCUAUACUAGAGAAAUGUGACAUUUAACAUGAAAUAAGUUUGCUAAUAUUGGUGAUUGCUAAUUGCAAAAUUGAUAGUUACAACCAUCAAACUAGUAGUAGUAGUUUGAAGGAUAAUUAAAAAAACAGUGGUGCAAAUUAAUGUUAUAAACUUAUGGUUCUAUUUAUCGUCAUCACAUAAAUUCAGGCAAUUUAUCGCAAUAUGGAUUUAUUUUUCUCCAUAUACCUAGCUGAGGUGGCAGCAUGAGAAUUGUGGUUUAUUCUGUAGGCUUUAACUACAAAGGGAAUCUCAUCCACCCCAAUGCCCCAUCUUAGAGAAACAUAGGUCUCUUCGUGUUACAAGUGUGUUUCAAAGGAAUGAUGAAUCAAGGGAAUUGUUCUUUCUCACAUCUUUCCUCACUUCAAAAUGUUAGAGCACACAAUGAAUGACCCAUGAGGGAUUGACCCUGUCCACGUUCCAUGCCUCUUACUCAAUGUACUCUGUACUGAAUAUGUUCCAUCCAUAAGGCCAGAUGGUAUCUAUUAACCUUUCCACACAUUGUGCCGACCCAAACCAAACUGUGCUGGCUUGGAUAUUUUCUUUUCACAUUGUCCUUUUUAGAACGGUUCCAACAACUAUGUACAGUGCCUUCGGAAAGUAUUCAGACCCCUUGACUUUUUCCAAAUUUGGUCAUGUUACAGACUUAUUCAAAAAUGGAUUAAAACAAAUAAUAAUCUCAUCAAUCUACACACAAUAACCCAUAAUGACAAAAGUGAAAACAGUUAAAUUUUUAUUUUACCACAUUUAUUAAAAAUAGAAAACAGAAAUACCUUAUUUACAUAAGUAUUCAGACCCUUUGCUAUGAGACUCGAAAUUGAGCUCAGGUGCAUCCUGUUUCCAUUGAUCAUCCUUGAGAUGUUUCUACAACUGGAUUGGGGUCCCCCUGUGGUAAAUUCAAUUGAUUGGACAUGAAUUGGAAAGGCACACAACCGUCUAUAAAAGGUCCCACAGUUGACAGUGCAUGUCAGAGCAAAAACCAAGCCAUGAGGUCGAAGGAAUUGUCCAUAGAGCUCCGAGACAGGAUUGUGUCGAGGCACAGAUCUGGGGAAGGGUACCAAAACAUGUAUGCAGCAUUGAAGGUCCCCAAGAACAGAGUGGCUUCCAGCAUUCUUAAAUGGAAGAAGUUUGGAACCACCAGACUCUUCCUAGAGCUGGCCGCCCGACCAUAGUUACCAAUCGGGGGAGAAGGGCCUUGGUCAGGGUGGUGACCCGAUGAACAGAGCAAAGUACAGAGAGAUCCUUGAUGAACACCUGCUCCAGAGUGCUCAGGACCUCAGACUGGGGUGAAGGUUCACCUUCCAACAGGACAACGACCCUAAGCACACAGCCAAGACAACGCAGGAGUGGCUUUGGGACACGUCUCUGAAUGUCCUUGAGUGGCCCAGCCAGAGCCCGGACUUGAACCCGAUCUAACAUCUCUGGAGAGACCUGAAAAUAGCUGUGCAGCAACGCACCCCAUCCAACCUGACAGAGCUUGAAAGGAUCUGCAGAGAAGAAUGGGAGAAACUCCCCAAAUACAGGUGUGCCAAGCUUGUAGCGUCAUAGCCAAGAAGACACGAGGCUGUAGUCGCUGCCAAAGGUGCUUUAACAAAGUACUGAGUAAAGGGUCUGAAUACUUAUGUAAAUGUGAUAUUUCAGUUUUUGUAAAAUUAUAAAUUAGCAAAAAUUUAUAAAAACCUGUUUUUGCUUUGUCAUUAUGGGGUAUUGUGUGUAGAUUGAUGAGCGGAAAAAACUAUUUAAUCAAUUUUAGAAUAAGGCUGUAAUGUAACAAAAUGUGGAAAAAGUCAAGGGGUCUGAAUCCUUUACAAAGGCAAUGUAUAGGUUGUUUUGGCUUGGCUCGGUUGCUCAGUAGCGUGAAAAGCCCUUAAAUCUAAAGGAAAAUUAUUAAAGUAUCUGUUUGAGACUGGUGUCUUCCCCCGCUCUGGCUGCCAUGUCUAACACGCACAGUCAACAAAGUUAUUACAGAAGAAGCCAUCUUCACAUUCUGUUUGACCUUGCAGACACAAGUAUGUGUCAUACACAACUACUGAGCACAACAUACGUUAACUGUUGCACCUCCUUACCAGCUCCUCCCCUAUCCCAUCAUCAGUGGUGGCCUUGAUGGAAUCUUGACACAUACACAGUCCCCCCUUUACCCUCGGUCACUCUUUCCUUGAGGUGACAUUGUUUAUUCAACGACUUUCUGAAGGUCUGGGUUGACUGGGUUCACGCGAGGGAGGCAGGCCGGAUUUUUACCAUAUCAAAUAUUUGUAACUGGUGAGUCAUCAUGAUUGAGAAAAAUCCAUUGUGACAUUGCUGAAUGUGCACUGCUGCAUCUCAAAUCAGUGAUGAGGUCAUUCGUUCGGCACCACAGUAGCUCUCCUCUCCUCCUCUCCUCCUCUCCUCCUCUCUUCCUUUCCUCUCUUCCUCUCCUCCUCUCCUCUCCUCCUCUCCUCUCUUCCUCUCCUCCUCUCCUCCUCUCCUCUCCUCCUCUCCUCCUCUCCUCUCCUCCUCCUCUCCUCUCCUCUCUUCCUCUCCUCCUCUCCUCCCCAUGCAGGUUUUUCUUAUUUUCUUUCUUCUCACCAGUGAAGCAUUUGAGUGAGAAAAGCCACACUGUUAUCAGUGGAGGAGCCUAACCUCUAAUUUGCUGCACACUGCUCUGUGAUGGUGAGGUCAUUCCAUUCACAGUAUUGUGGUCCCUGUGUUGCUUUUAUCACUGGUUAUGUAUUCACUGUUAUGCUAUACCUAUAGCCUAGUUAAACCAGACUGAAUCCAUUGAGUGAAACAUUCAGCCUGGUUUAACCAAGCUAGUAUUUAACGGAUAUGUACCAGUAGUUAACGUAUGUAACCACACUGGUGGAUAAGCCUCCACUUUCCUCAGUCUUUGCUAUUUUAAGAUGAGUUGAAGACAGAACAACGAGGUGAUACUGUUCUUUGGUUAAUUAUCUUCAAUGAAAUGUGAAGCAUUGUGAUAGAAGGGAUCGUUCAGUCAUCCGGAUAAGCUUUCUCUUCAUUUUUCUCAACACUAGAGGGGUUCCUCUAUUGUAAGUUCAUCUCUGUUGAGUUAUCCUGAUGAGAAAACCCACCAGGGUAGAGGUCAACUCCAUUUCAACCAGGGUUUCCAUUCAUCUCCUCAAUUAGCUGAAGUGAAAUAGACUCGACCCCAAACCUCUCCUGUCCUCUCACCUCCUCACUCCACUCUCCUCUCCUCCUCAGAUGAGCAUGUUCAGCACGCGGGCGCUCACACUCCUGUCCUCGGUGUUUGGGGCGUGCGGCCUGCUCCUGGUUGGCGUGGCUGUGUCCACAGACUACUGGCUGCUGAUGGAGGAGGGUGUCAUUCUGCAGCAGAACCAGAGCAUGGAGGUCAGGAUGGCCCUGCACUCCGGCAUGUGGAGGGUCUGCUUCGUGGCAGGUAUACCGUAAUAGACACAUUUUGUUUAUAUGUACAGAAGCAUACAUAAACAUAUAGUGUACAUAUUUACACAUAAUGCUUUGUGGCAGGUGAGGAAAGCAAUACGCAUAAACAGUAGUUCAUAUGUACAGAAGCACAUCUACACGUACAUUACUGUAAUGCUUUGUGGCAGGUACUGGAAUAAACAUAGGCUAUAUUCCAUAUGUCAUUCUGUCACACACACACACACACACACACACACACACACAUUAUUGUUACCCCAUUGUCUUACGUCAGAUCGCGUAACUCAUACGCGAUGCUCGUCCCUCAACGGUUGUCACUAGUUACCACAGCCACAAAGUCCAAAUUUGCUAUAUCAUAAAAAUUCAUGAAAAUAAAACUGUGCUUUUUGGUCUUAAUUUAAGGUUAGGAUUAGGCAUAAUGUUAGCAGUGUGGUUAAUGUUAGGGAUAGGGAUAGAUUUAAAAUCAGAUUUUAAAAGGAGUGUAGCACCUAUUUCUCGGUGCCAGAAACGCAUACACUGAGUGUACAACACAUUAGGAACACCUGCUCUUUCCUUGACAUAGACUGACCAGGUGAAUCAAGAUGAAAGCUAUGAUCCCAUAUUGAUGUGACCUGUUAAAUCCACUUCAAUCAGUGUAGAUGAAGGGGAGGAGACAGGUUAAAGAAUGAAUUUAAAGCCUUGAGACAAAUGAGACAUGGAUUGUGUAUGUGUGCCAUUCAAAGUGUGAAUGGGCAAGACAAAAUAUUUAAAUACCUUUGAAUGGGGUAUGGUAGUAGGUGCCAGGCACACUGCUUUGAGUGUGUCAAGAACUGCAACGCUGCUGGGCUCAACAGUUUCCUGUUUUUAUCAAGCAUGGUCCACCACCCAAAAUACAUCCAGUCAAUUUAACACAACUGUGGGAAGCAUUGGAGUCAACAUGGGCCAGCAUCCCUGUGGAAUGCUUUCGACAUCUUGUAGAGUCCAUGCCCCGACAAUUUGAGGCAUUUCUGAGGGCAAAAGGGGGUGCAACUCAAUAUUAGGAAGAUAUUCCUAAUGUUUUGUACACUCAGUGUAUAAUUAAGCAAUAAAGCCCUGACAUUGUAGGCAUGCUGCCCCAAUUAAGAGGGACUGUUAUCAGAAAUCAGUCGUAGAUCAGCAUGUUUCUCCGUGAUUGUUACGUUGGGGUCAGCGAGUGCAGCAGCAGCUGAGCUGGCGGGAGGCUACUGACUCACGGCAGAUCAGGCAGCGCUAGCUGCUUCUUCAAAACGUAUUCAUUGUGAUAAAAUAAUGUAGCUAAAGUAGCUUGCUAGCUAGCUAGCUAAUGGAGAAAGCACUUGGUGUUUAGCAUUGAGUGUGUGGACUAGGUUAGCUUCCUAUUCAUUUUAUACAAAGUGACUAGCUUAGAGCUACAUUAGCAAGCUAAUGUCAUGGACAAAUUUAAGCUAAUUGUCGGGCACAUUGUAAAAAUCCAGAAAUACCAAACUUCUUAGCUAGAUGUAAAAUGAAGACUUCCUCAGAAAAAAAACGUCACAAUCAAUUACGGAUCUAUUUUUAUGCUGAGCUUAUAAUAAUUCGGACUAUUUGAGGGUGAAAUAGGGUUCAUUAGGCAAUGUCACCUAAGUAAUAUCAGACAGAGGGAGGCGAAGCGAGAGCACUUUCUCUUCCAAAAAUAUGUCCAUGUUAAGCAGAUCCUUAAUUAUUAAGCAGGUUAGGGGUUUUUGUAUGGGAGGCAAUAGGAGUGUUGAAUUUAGUCAAGAUACAAAUAAAUUGCAAUUUUGAUAAAUGAGGCGUAAUAUAUACGUUUUGUAAUGCUUAGGUUGUUACGAGUGUACUGAUAUGUGUGAUGCAUAUGAAAUCCCAGCAACUUUGAGAAAAAAUAUAUUCAUGUGGCUAGCAUAGCAUCUCACUCUCUAUUGAAAACAGGCAGUUGACGUCAACACCCCUCGUUGAAUAUAAAAAAUGAUAUUCAAAUAACUAGAUGUAUCCACCAAUCCAAAGAGAGGAAUAGGCGGGAGCUUGACAGCCCCCUGUUCUGCUCUGUGGACAACAAAUCUCAUUGUUAGGUCGGAGACAUAAGCAUCUCGUCAUUAUAUCCAUAUCUCUGGUAAUAUGUUUGAAUGUUAUGGCAGCCCAUUGUAGCCAGAUUACUUUCAAGCUAUCCCAUUACCCUUUGCGAGAUACGAGUAGAGUCUAUCUGCGGACCGCAGACUGGUGGGCGCGGCGUGUAGUACCGAUCGAAUACACACAGCACCCACCAAGUAGUGCCACGCUAGAGUUGGGUUCAACAGGGUCUGUUUCCAGCAGAUAUGUCUACUCAUGCAGUGACGUAAUGCAUUACAAGGACCCUCAAUGGCAGUGGGCGUGGCGUGUAGCGGGCGCAGCGUGUAGUGGGCUCGGCAUGUAGUUACUGCAGUCCGCAGAUAGAUAUUAUUGGACAGAUCAGUGCAGGUGGAAUUGAUGCGCUAUCUGACGUAAGACAAUGAUUGUUACCCAUGACUCAGAGGCUUCAGUCUGCUAAGUUUGAAGGGAACGCUUAAGGAAAAAUGUGCGCACACACACACGCACGCUCCUCUAGCCAGGGUUCUAUUGGUGGCCCUCCAGGGGAAUGGCAUUGUUUGUGCUGGUGCUAGGUACAUAAGGUGAAAGGUGAAAGAUGCUGCUGUCGUGUGGAUUGUGGCUUUCCUCGCUGACUGUUCACCUCUGUGCCACUCUGAUUAAGUGUCCCCCUCUCUGUCCAAAUUCCAGGUUAAUGACUUCCCCUCCAUUCCACCCCUUGUCUCUUCUGCUCAUCCACUAAAAACCUUGAUUUCCACUCUCCCUCUGGGCCUAUUCUCUGUCUCUCUCUCUCUCUCUCUCUCUCUCUCUCUCUCUCUCUCUCUCUCUCUCUCUCUCUCUCUCUCUCUCUCUCUCUCUCUCUCAGGACCUGAACAGGGGAGAUGUGUAGCAUCAGAAUACUUCACCACUGAAGCUGAGAUAGAUAUUGUGACCGAAAACACUGCAAAUAUACUGAGUAAGUGAUGACACCUGACCACGGCGAGAAACGUGCAGGAAAAUAACCCCUGGAUGUCAUUGUGUCAUUGCUUUAGGCUCUGCUCAGGAAACAUGUUGAGACAAAAUAGUUCCCAACCUCUUUGAUUUAAAACCUGUGUUGAACACUGCUCACGUUCCCUUUUUCUUUAUUUAACAACUAUUUUAAUUAUUUAAGAUGUGGAAACUUGGAAAACCUUAUAAAACUUUACUACAGUAUAUACAGCAUGCUGCAGGCAUAACAACCUGUAGGGAAUUAUAAACUGAUGAAGGACAUUUUCUCUUGGGAAUGAAUGUUACUUAAUCGUUCUUUUAUAUGAUUUCCUUUCUUCGUGAUUGACAAUUUAUACAAUUGAAUUAGAAUGGUGGGGGCUAGUAUUAAAUAAAGCAUGUAUUUCUGUACACAAGUUCUCCCAAUCCCAAUUUAAGUCAACCUCUGUAACUACUUCAUAAAGACUUUGUAGUCAUGUAAGAAAGGAAGGAAGUGAAGCAGAUGACAAUCUUUUUCAUGUUUAGUUCAUUUGUUCACUCAUGACUUUAAUUUGAAUUAAUAACAAAUUAUUAUUUAUAAUGACGGCCUGGCAAGAGGCAAAAGGCCUCCUGUGGGGCAGGGGGCGGGGAUUAAAAGUAUAUGACAUAAACAGACAACACACACGGAAGACACUUGGCAACAGCACAGAUACAUCAGCAGACAGACAGUGGAAACAAAGCACAUCACGACAGGAGAGACACCACCACACUACAUGACGGGAGACCUGUGGCAACAAGACAUCAUGGCAUACACAUUGUUAAGAGCAGACAACAGCAUGAGGGACAAAAUAGGCAGAGACAAAGCACAUCACGACAAGAGGGACAUCACGACACUACAUGAUGGGAGAUCUAUGGCAACAAUGCAAAACAUUGUAGGAACAGGCAACAGCACGAGGGACAAAGUAGGCAGCAAGGUAUAACAGGCAAAUGGGUAACAAAGUAUAACAGGAAAACCCAGUUAGAAGGUGGCAGACUACAAUACAAGUAACAUAGCACUACUGAAUAGACAAAUAGACAACGUAACAAAUAAUUGCAGAGCAAGCAGACAGACAUAAAAAAGACACGUAAUCAGUAGCCUGAGUUAUUGGUUUGCAUAACAAAUACAGCAUAACAAAUAUACCAUAACAGCUACAACAUAACAGCUACAGUAUAACAGCUACAACAUAACAGCUAUAACAUAACAGCUACAACACAACAGCUAUAACAUAACAGCUACAACAUAACAGCUAUAACAUAAACGCUACAACAUAACAGCUAUAACAUAACAGCUACAACAUAACAGCUACAACAUAACAGCUACAACAUAACAGCUACAACAUAACAGCUACACCAUAACAGCUACAGCAUAACAGCUACAGCAUAACAGCUACAGCAUAACAGCUACAACAUAACAACUACAACAUAACAGCUAUAACAUAACAGCUACAACAUAAUAGCUACAGCAUAACAGCUACAACAUAACAACUACAGCUACAGCAUAACAGCUACAACAUAACAGCUACAGCAUAACAGCUACAGCAUAACAGCUACAGCAUAACAGCUACAACAUAACAGCUACAGCAUAACAGCUACAGCAUAACAGCUACAGCAUAACAGCUACAACAUAACAACUACAACAUAACAGCUAUAACAUAACAGCUACAACAUAAUAGCUACAACAUAACAGCUACAGCAUAACAGCUACAGCAUAACAGCUACAACAUAACAGCUACAGCAUAACAGCUACAACAUAACAGUUAUAACAUAACAGCUACAGCAUUACAGCUACAACAUAACCGCUACAGCAUAACAGCUACAGUAUAACAGCUACAGCAUAACAUCUACAGCAUAACAGCUACAACAUAACAGCUACAACAUAACAGCUACAACAUAACAGCUACAAAUCAUUUAUAUACUUGUAUACCAGUUUAGACCAUUCAAAUUUUUCAAUGUGUUACGUACAGUGCAUUAAUUUAUUUAUGAACUUAAUUAUUAAUAAAUAGAGGAAGAGUGUAACAGAAAGCAUUUUCCACUGAACACAACUUAACUUUCAUUAUCGCAGUGGGACACUGAAACUUGGAUUAAAACAAUGUAAGAAAUGUUGAAUAUUUUUGACUAUGUUUGAUAUGUUUUAUUUCAUUGUUUUACUUAACUCUUCAUCCUUCUCUCAAUGUAUCUUUCUCUCUUCUUCUGUCUUUCUCUCGCCCUGUUUCCUUCUAUCCCUUCAUCAGAGAUGGUACGGACAGCCACACCGUUCCCCAUGGUGUCGCUGCUCUUUGUCUUCACUGCCUUCGUCAUCAGUAACAUCGGACACAUCCGGCCACAGCGCACCAUCCUGGCCUUCAUCUCCGGAAUCUUCUUCAUCCUCUCAGGUACGGAGCCACAUGCUUUUUGAUGAUGAAAGGAAAUGAUAAAGGUUUCCCAUUGGCUGUUGUUUUAAUGAUGUUCAGUAUUAAAGAUACUUAUUGGUUGAUGAGAGCUGCCACUGGUAUGUAAAGUAGGUUCUGUGUGGUCUGGGUCUGGAACCCCCCUGAUUGGUUGUUGAUUUAGUGGCUUGGCUAACAGCGUAUCCUGAUCCUCAGUUGUCUAUAAGAUUACAUCAGUUUCUAUUUGGGGGAAUUGCAGAUCUUGCUCACAGAUGCUAGCCUAGCAUGAGAUGCUGCUUACAGAGCAGUUAUGUGCCCAUCUUGUCCUUAUUACAUGUCACUGACCUAAAGCAGUGAACGAUUGCACUGUUUCAGGCGCAAAUUGAAAAAGUAAUGGUUUUCUAGUAGUUCACUCGGUGAAAGGUAUUUUCUGUGUAAAUAUUGAACUAUAAAUUGUGCCUUCCUGUAUAAAGUGCAUUCGGAAAGUAUUCAGACCCCUUUACUUUUUACGUUUUACAUUGUUACGUUAAAACCUCAUUCUAAAAUUGAUUAAAUCGUUUUUUUCCCUCAUCAAUCUACACACAAUACCCCAUAAUGACAAAGCAAAAACAGGUUUUUAGAAAUGUUUGCAAAUGUAUAGAAUAUAAAUAACUGAACUAUAACAUUUACAUAAGUAUUCAGACCCUUUACUCAGUACUUUGUUGAAGAACCUUUGGCAGCGAUUACAGCCUCGAGUCUUCUUGGGUAUGACGCUACAAGCUUGGCACACCUGUAUUUGGGGAGUUUCUCCCAUUCUUCUCUGCAGAUCCUCUCAAGGUCUGUCAGGUUGGAUGGGGAGCGUCGCUGCACAGCUAUUUUCAGGUCUCUCCACAAAUGUUCGAUCAGGUUCAAGUCCGGGCUCUGACUGGGCCACUCAAGGACAUUCAGAGACUUGUUCCGAAGCCACUCCUGCAUUGUCUUGGCUGUGUGCCUAGGGUCGUUGUCCUGUUGGAAGGUGAAUAUUUGUCCCAGUCUGAGGUCCUGAGCGCUCUGGAGCAGGUUUUCAUCAAGGAUCUCUCUGUACUUUGCUCUGUUAAUCUUUCCCUCGAUCCUGAUGUCUCCCAGUCUCUGCCACUGAAAAACAUCCUCACAGCAUGAUGCUGCCACUGCCAUGCUUUACCAUAGGGAUGGUGCCUGGUUUACUCAAGAUGUGACGCUUGGCAUUCAGGCCAAAGAGUUUAAUCUUGGUUUCAUCAGACCAGAGAAUCUUGUUUCUCAUGGUCUGAGAGUCCUUUAGGUGCCUUUUGGCAAACUCCAAGUGGGCUGUCAUGUGCCUUUUACUGAGGAGUGGCUUCCAUCUGGCCACUCUACCAUUAAGGCCUGAUUGGUGGCGUGCUGCAGAAAUGGUUGUCCUUCUGGAUGGUUCUUCCAUCUCCACAGAGGAACUCUAGAGCUCUGUCAGAGUGACCAUCGGGUUCUUGGCCACCUCCCUGACCAAGGCCCUUCUCCCCUGAUUGCUCAGUUUGGCCGGGCGGCCAGCUCUAGGAAAAGUCUUGGUGGUACCAAAAUUCUUCCAUUUAAGAAUGAUGGAGGGCACUGUGUUCUUGGGGACCUUCAAUGCUGCAGAAAUGUUUUGGUACCCUUCCCAAGAUCUGUGCUUCGAAACAAUCCUGUCUCGGAGCUCUACGGACAAUUCCUUCGACCUCAUGGCAUGGUUUUUGCUCUGACAUGCACUGUCAACUGUGGGACCUUAUAUAGACAAGUGUGUGCCUUUUCAAAUCAUGUCCAAACAAUUGAAUUUACCACAGGUGGACUCCAAUCAAGUUGUAGAAACAGGAUGCACCUGAGCUCAAUUUCGAGUCUCAUAGCAAAGUGUCUGAAAACGUAUGUAAAUAAGGCAUUUAUUUUAUUUUUAAAAAAAUUAUUUACAUUUGCCAACAUUUCUAAAAACCUGUUUUCACUUUGUCAUUAUGGGGUAUUGUAUGUAGAUUGAUGAGGAAUUGUUUUUAUUUAAUCCAUUUUAGAAUAAGGCUGUAACAUAACAAAAUGUGGAAAAAGGGAAGGGGUCUGAAUACUUUCCGAAUGCACUGUACUUAUGCUAAAAUGUGUAUUCUAUUCUACUGAGCCAUUUACUUUACGUUCGUAUUCUUAUAUUUUAUUAUUUCUUAUUAUUGUUGAAUUAACAAGAAGGAACCUGCAAGUAAGCAUUUCAUUGGACUAAUAAAAUGUGAAACUUGAAACAUGGGGCUGUGAAUUGAGAAGAAAAUACUUCAGAUAAUAGGUCCCAAGAAACAACUUAAGAAAUCGACUGGCUUGAGAAAAUAUUGAGUUUGUUGUUAUUAUUCACUCUGAUUCUUUGAAGCCAUUUGAACAAACUGACAGCUUUAUAGAUGCUCAGCGGGACAUUGUUCUCAAUGUCUUUGUCGUAGAAAAGAUGUUGUGGUUGCCAUUGAAUUCAAUUUCAUCGACAUUCCACAACACAAAAGAUAGAAAAUGUAAUCACAAACAAAACAUUCUCACACCCCGAUUCAGGAUCAGCUUUCCAUACACCUUCUCCUAACCCAAACCAUUCUGAUAAAACUGAAUGGAAGACGCUUCAAACUGGCUCCGGUGGAGCCUGCCUUUCUUCAGAGAGGGACAGCUCUCUGUUCUGUUUUUUUCUAGCACGCCCACGCAGAACGUCUGACUGCUGCUGAGAGGGAAGCAGGCGAGGUGACGAGCUAACAGCAGCUAGCCACAGCUCCCCCUGCUGAGACAGUAAGGGGGAGCCAGGUCACUGGUUCCCAGGAGCUUUGGUCGCUGCAGCUGCAGCUGCUGUUACUGCUGCCUGCUGGAGCCUGCUGCCUGAAUCUCCUGCUGUUGUUGUUGUUGUGGUGCUGGUCAGGGCUGAUUAUGUAGUGGGGCUGCUGUACUGGUUAAUGGUGGUGGAGGAUUUUAGGGUCAGAGGCUGCAGAAGCCGAGGCUGGCUGGCUGAGGAAAAGCACUGACACAUCCUUUAAUGGGGUUUUCUUUCUCUUCCACCACUCUGCUUGUAUGUUGUCCUCGUUUAUCGCAUAUUCGCAGGCAUGCAGGCAGUGGUUUGGAUUUGGUUUCCAUUUAGAAAAUAUAAUAAGGCUCAUUUAUUCAAAAUAAUGAAUAAUGAAAAUGUGGUUCAAGAGGAAGUCUUGAGGAUCUUCUUAUUCAGUUGUUUUAUUGUGGUUUUUAACCCAUCAGGGGAAAUGUGCUCAAAUGUUUGGCCAUACGAGCUCUUUUCAGUGUGAAAGCAGAAACAUGUAGCAACAAUGGUGGCUUUUGGAAGGCUAACUAAGCAAACUAAUUGAGAGACUGUGAUUAUUUGCAGCAGUGGCACUAAUUUAGCAGCUGUGGUGCUCAUAUUUGUAGUAGUAGUAGUAGCAAUGUUUAGUAAUUUGCAAUGUAUCAUAAUCACGUUUUACUGUCUAUAAUUUAUGAUUCUUGUUUUCAUAAAAUAAUGCUCUCAUAAAAUAACACUUAUUUCACUUUGACCUGCAUUGUUAGAGCUCCGAGUAUAAGAUUUUCACUGUACCCUGAAAUCACACCUGCAACCCUGUACAUCUGACUAUUAAACUUCUAAUCUAAAUCAAAGUUUUCUACCUGAAACCAAAAAGGGUUCUUCAAAGGGUUCUCCUGUGGGCAUAGCCGAAGAACCCUUUUAGGUUCUAGAUAGCACCUUUUUUUCUAAGAGUGUAGGCCACAUACUGUCCCACUUUCCGUCUGUCUUGCUCUCUAUGUUAAGGAGAUCUAUUUGGAUGCCAAGGCAACAAGCAGUCAGAGAUGUACUCAUACAAAAAAAAGACUACGUCUCUCCACCUUUCUUUUCAUCUCUAACUCUCUCCCUCCAUCUUGCUCACUGUGUAUCCUCCUGUCUCCAAAUCUCUCUCUCGCUCUCCCUACCACCCACCCUCCCCUUCAUGUUCACACUCUCUGACCCAUUCCCCCACCCACUCUCGCCCCUGGCGUUUGUCCCUUCCCUCCUCCCUUCCGUUCUCUUUCCUCUACCCUUCUCUCUCUCAUUCUCACUUAUGAUUCCCCAUCACCCUUCCUCUCUCGCUCACUGUUUCAUAUAAUCUCCUCAACACUGUGCACUCCCUCUCUCCCUCUCUCCCCCACUCCAUUCUUUCUCUCUCUCCUCUUCCUCUCUCCCCCUCCACUGGCUCGCCUCUUCUCCCCUCCUCCAUUCUCUCCCCUCCUCUCUCCCUCUCUCCAUUCCAUCUCUCUCGCUUUCCUCUACUCCUUCCCAUGUCUUUCUCUGCCUCUAUGCCCCUCAUUGCCUCUCUCUGGCGCCCUGCUUUCCCUUUCCCUCUUUUUCUCUCCAUCCUGUCCUCUCCCCCUUCUCAGGGCUCAGCCUGGUGGUGGGCCUGGUCCUCUACAUCAGCAGCAUCAACGACGAGGUGAUGAACCGGCCGCGUGAGCCUGAGCACUUCUUCCACUAUCACUACGGCUGGUCCUUCGCCUUCGCUGCCAGCUCCUUCCUCCUCAAAGAGGUCAGCACACCCGUCCGCCUGCUAGUGUAGUGGCCGACCACUAGCUAUUAACCUCUGCUAACUGCUAACCGGCUAGCUUAGUGCUUCACGGUUAGGAUCCCCCCCCCCCCCCCCCCAACUCACAUCAAUAUUCAUAAAUGUUAAUAGCGCACACUUUAGGGCGACAGCUCUGUCACAGCGGCAGCUUAAAACGCUGCUGUUGUCACAUGAAUAUACCGUUCGCUACAGGGCUUUUCUUUUUCUCCAGCCCCUCUGCAGCGGCAGGACAAAGAGGAGGGGGAAUAGCACUUAGCGCUGGCGUUGACGUGCUCGAGUUUCAAGGAUGUUGUACUAAGAUGUCAGCGAUGAAUAGUGGAUGUGGUGUAAAUGUUUGUGCGGAUGUUUGGCGCAACACUGCAUUUUUGAUAACGAGUUAUUACACGGAGGAGCGGUUUGGUUGAAUCUGAGCACUAUUAUGUCUUCAGUGCAUUGCAGAGGUUUGUGCAUCAUAUAAACGUAUUCCACAGUUGAAAAUAACGCAUGCAUGUAAUGUUAUUAACAUGUUUAGUAUUUUAUAUUAAUUCAAAACAUUUUAUAGAUCUUUCAGGAUGCUAUAUUACAUCCUGUUGUAUUGAGGGGUAUUGUGUUUUAUUAAAGGCACAGUGCAGUCAAAUACGUGAUUUUCCUGUGUUUUAUAUAUAUAUUUCCACACUAUGAGGUUGGAAUAACAUUGUGAAAUUGUGAAAAUUAUUCUAAUGCCCUUUAAGUGUAAGAGCUGUUUGAAAAGACCGCCUGAAAUUUCUGCCUGUUUUGGCGGGAUGGAGUUUAUAGACCAGUAAGAAAGAGAGUUCCAAACCUCUCUGCCAAUAGCAGCUAGUUUUCAGUUUUCCAUUCCCAACUCAGACCACUCCCAGACAGUCCUAGCAAAAUCCUUGCUUGAGAAAUGACUCUUUGCUAAGAAGCUAUUUUUGUUUCUUCUUGACCAUUUUAAUUGAAAACAAUCACUGCGCUAUACAAUUACUACUACUACUAUUUCUACUUUAAUUGAAAACAAUCACAGUAAGGUACUUCAUUGUUACCUAGAAAUGAUUUGAUAUUUAGAUUAAAAACGGCUGCAUUGGACCUUUAAAUGUUCCAGUGUUUAUUGUAUUUCAUGGUCCAGUACUGUAUGUCAUUUUUAUAUAAUAUAAUACAUUUUUAUUUAGGCUUCUUUUUGCUGUGGUUCAUAGUGUGCCUGAUGCGUGAUGGCCCAAUGUGUCACUUAUGACUUAUUUAUGAUGGUGUUUCAGUGUUUCAUGUCAUGUAUUAAUACGAGCGCUUGCUCUGCUCUCUCCCAGGGGGCCGGGGUGAUGUCAGUGUACCUCUUCAUGAAGCGCUACGCCGAGGAGGAGAUGUACCAGCCCCACCCGUCCCUCUACCGCCCCCGCCUGUCCGAGUGUAGCGACUACAGUGGCCAGUACCUGCACCCCGAGUCGUGGCCUCCUCCGCAGCGGGGCCGCAGCGCGUCUGAGGUCUCCAGUGACAUCUCCAUCCAGCUGAACCAGACGCCCCCGCCGCCCAAGGGCAGCUCCCAGCAGCAACAGCAGCAGCAGCAGCAACAACAACAGCAACAGGCCCCAUCCUCUGGCCCCUCCUCGGGCGCCAGCUACCAGCAGUCCUCCUCCUCCUUCUCCUACCCCCACCACACCAUGUCCUCUCACCCCAGCGGGCCUCCUCCCCAGUCCAUGCCCAUACCCAUGGCCAUGCCCCCCUCUGCCCAGCCCCCUCCCCGCUACCACCAACACAUGCGCAUGAGUGCCUCGCCAUGCUAGAAGGGGGGAGUGAGGGAUGGGGGGGGGGGGGGGGGGGGGGGGGUAGACAAAGUGGGGGUUGGCUCUGUCAUAUGUGCAACACACAGAGACAGAUGCAAACACACACACGCUUGUACACACACAAACACACAGAUACACGCAUGAAGAGUGUGGGAGGAGAGAUGGAAGAGAGGAUGAGAGAAGGAGAUUUAGGAGAUCAAGAGCAAGAAGGGAAUGAACAAGGGAAAGAAAACGAGGUGGGUGGAGGAUGAUUUAAAAUGUAUGCUGUGCCUAAGAUGAAGACAGACAUUUUAGCAAACUUUCAGAGAGAGGGAGGAAAUAAGGGAGGGAGGGAGAGAGGGAGGAAGAGAGGGAGGGAGAGAGGGAGGGAGGGAUAUGAUAAUUAUUUACACAAUAAGAAAAAGAGGGAGGAGGAGAAGUGA